ACAAUCGCGAGAAACGCGCUCGAUCGAAACAAUCGUUGCGCGAUGCACGGGGCUCCUUUGAUGUGCGAUGUCCCUGAGCGCGGGAAAAUUCAGCGCAUCGAUUGGAGAACUUUUGCUCUUUAUAACGCCGAAAUUACGACACCCUCGACAUUUUGCCAAAGGAACUUUCGUCUCAGAACAACGUCAGGAGUCUACCCUGAAUCGGUUAUUCGAGAAUAUAUUGAUUCACCAUGUAUAUGGAAUUACUCGGAUUUUUCAUUAUUGCUGUAAGUGCUGUGUAUAUUUAUUACAAGUACGUACUAUUUAAUUUUUGGCGCAAGAAAGGCGUUUUUUAUGUCGAACCUGUAGUACCAGCGGGCAAUUUGACAGCUUACGUAACAGGGAGAAAGUCUCUGGGUGAACUUUAUCUUGAUGCCUACAUAAAAUACAAGAACCACCGUGCCUUCGGAAUGUAUUCAUUCUUUAAACCUAAUUUGGUAAUCACCGAUCUCGAUCUUAUUCGAACGGUGUUGACAAAGGAAUUUCCGAGUUUCCAUGAUCGUGGAUUCUUCUGCAAUGAAAAAACUGAUCCACUAUCGGGCCAUUUGUUUUCUCUGCCUGGAAAAAAAUGGCGAAAUCUGCGCUUCAAACUGGGACCUACUUUCACCCCCGCAAAAAUAAAGCAAAUGUUUACUAUUUUGAAAGAGUUUGGUAGAGAAUUAACGCGGUGUAUAGACAAUAAAAGUCAGGAAACAGAUUGCAUCGAAAUGAAGGACAUAUUUUCAAGAUAUUCGGCGGACGUAAUCAUGUCAACAGCUUUCGGAAUCGAAGCCAAUUGUAUAAAAGAUCCGAAUAGCGAAUUUCGACGCUGGGGAAAGAGAGUCUUUGAAGAAAAUUCCUUUUGGGUCGCAUUGUUUGUAUUCAUGCCCCAAUUUAUGAAUUUCUUUUCCAUUCCUAUCACUGAUAGAGGCGUCACACGUUUCUUUACAAAAAUAUUUCGGGAGAAUGUGAAUUAUAGACAAACUUCUAAUGUCGUUCGGCACGAUUUUAUGAAUCUUCUGAUACAACUCAUGGAAAAGGGCUAUGUUGAACCCGACGAUGAGAAAGAUACUAAUAAAGACACCGUUAAUGUAACUCCAACCAUGAAUAGAAUUACUAUGUCGGAAGCUACCGCGCAAAGUUAUAUUUUCUAUUUGGCCGGCUUCGAGACUUCCUCAACGACGGCGACAUACUGCGUAUACGAAUUGGCUCAACACCAACAUCUACAAGACAAAGUUCGCAGUGAGAUUGAUAAGGUAUUAGAAAAACAUGGAGAACUGACUUACGAUGCUGUGAACGAAAUGACAUAUCUUCACAAAGUGGUGAACGAAACUUUGAGAAAAUAUCCGUCUGUACCUGUUCUCAAUCGUAUCUGCACUAAAGAUAUAAACAUUCCAACGACGAACAUCCAUGUGCCAAAAGGGACUUUAAUCUCCAUACCGGUGUUCGGAGUGCAUCGAGAUCCAUCGAUAUACCCAGAUCCGGAUAAAUUUGAUCCCGAACGAUUCAACGCGGAUGAGAUAGCGACUAGACAUCCUUGCGCUCAUCUGCCUUUUGGAGAAGGACCACGAAAUUGCAUCGGUGCGAGAUUUGGUUACUUGCAAGUGAAAGUUGGACUUGUGAGCCUCCUGUCGAAAUUCAAGUUCAAGCUUCAUCCUCGAACUGCAAUCCCGCUCUCUUACGAUGAACGACCUUUUUUACUCAUACCGAAGGGUGGUGUGUAUUUCAACAUCGAGCCACGAUAAAAUAAUCGCACUUUAUUUAAUAAGAGAUAUUUAUACUCGACUCCUUAAAGAAAAUAAGUUUUCAAUAUUAUUGCACACAUUAUACAGCGCAUCUAACAAUUAUUGAAUAACACAAUAGAUUUAAUAUACCGAAUAUUAACCCUUAAUCCCGACUCAUGGGUCGUUUUCGACCCAAGCGAAAUUUCAAAGUGCUGUAAUUUUUGAAAACGGGUACGGAACGCGCCAUAUCCCGUACC